UCUUUUUGGUCUAAUAAAAGCUGUUAUAAAAUAUUUCCAAUUGAACUAUUUCUGUGUGUUAUUAUUAAAUAUUUCAAUAUGUGAUUAUUAUUUAUAAUGGUUUCUCAUUUUCUUUGUACAAGAACUUCUCGUAUUCAUAGAUUUGGUGUUAAGAUUUGUAGAAAUGCAAUCCCUCUUAAGCAAUGUACACAUCAUAGUCAUGGUAAUCGCACAAUCGAACAAAAGAGUAAAUCAUCAGAUAAAUGGGGAUAUAGGAAAGUCGAUGAUGGCUUCAUGAAGCAUGACAAAAACACACCUGGCAUCUAUCAUUUAGGAAUAGUAAAUCUUCCCAAGCAGCUGGAGAACAGCAUCAACAAAUACCUACAAAACUUUCCAAAAAAGCACUUGAUUGAAGACGCCAUACAGCUUUCAAAGCAUUUGCAAAACAGAGGAAGGCCAACAGAAAGAACUUGGACAAAGUAUAAAGAGGCUAAGGCCUACAGAAAGGAAGUUCAAGAACAUGUGGAUGAACAGAAGAAAGAAGCAUCGAGCGAAAAGACAAACGAAGCUGUACAAGAAACUUCACAAUCAACAUCUGCGAAUAAGAAGAUCAAUCAUCACUUAACCAAAAAACCAAAAAUUCAAGAGUACAAAACAAUAAGAUAUCAGAGAAGAGAAUGCGCAGCAUUCAUUGCCGACCGAGCUCCGGCGACUUACGGAGCGACAUUAAGAGUACUGCAUGAGAUCGCUAGAAGAUGCAAAGAUUUCAAACCAGAAACUAUUUUGGAUUUCGGAUCAGGAGCUGGCACCGCCACCUGGGCAGCGCAUAAAAUCUGGAAGGAUUCAAUAAAGAUUUAUCAAUGUGUCGACGUUUCGCGUGAUAUGAACGAUAUGGCCGAACAACUGUUACGAAACAAUGAUGGAUACAGGACACCCCAUUACAUACCGAGAGUAUAUUAUAAGGAGUUUCUUCCUUUCACACACAAGGUUACUUACGAUGUCGUCGUUGCAUCGUAUUCUCUGACUGACAUUCCAUUUACCCGAGCAAGACAAGAUAUCCUCGAUAACCUUUGGCGAAAAACAAAUCAUUUUUUGGUCAUUGUCGAUAAAGGAAACAACGAGGGGUUUGACGUCACGAUGCAAGCUAGAGACCUUGUUACUAACAAUCGAAAGGCCAUGUUUGGUACAGAGGACGAACAACCAAGCUUUGUUUUUUCACCUUGUCCCCACGAUCUUGCCUGUCCCAGAUUGGAUGCAAACACACGUGACCAUCCUUGCAACUUCGAGCAACGUGUACAGCUGUCUUAUGCACAAAAGUCGACAAACUUGAAGAAAUAUGGUUACUUUAAUGAAUUGUUCUCAUACGUUGUGUUGUGUAAGGGAGAACGAAAUAAACAAGAUCUUAACUGGGCUCGCUUGUUGCGUCCCGUGCGUUUGCGAGAAAAACACAUCAUUUGCGACUAUUGCAGUAAAAAUGGCACCUUGGAGCAAAAAAUUUUAACAAAACGCAAGGACAGUGAUAUCUACAAAUGUGUACGUCACCAUGCUAAAUGGGGAGAUUUGUUGCCAAUAGACGUCAAGAGAUAGCGCAACAUGAACCUAGAGAACGAGGAGAAAGCAAAAUAGACAAAUCAAAGGAACUAAUGGUAGUUAUUAUGGAUAUUCGAAGAUGUUCUUACAAAAAAAAACCAACGAUUGCAAAACAAAUAGGUUUUAUUAAUGAAACACCUUCGUAAGGCUGUAUAAAACAAUUGUACGUUACUCUACAUUUGUGUCAUACUAAAGUUGUGCUAAUGACAA